GUUCAAGCUUCAAGUUCAAGUUCUUCAAGACUUUACAAGAAACCUUCAAGAAAUCAGAUUAAAAGGUUUCAAUUUCAAGAUGUCAAUGAUGGUAAAUCGAUCGAGUAGCUUACGAUCAAUUCCAAAAUUUCAACUUUGGUCAACAAGCUAUCGAACAACAAGACUUUCUUCAAUCAUCAAAUCUAAUAAUCAAACUCAUUUCAGAUUGUCUUAUUCAACUAAACCUGAUUCACCUAUAAUUAUUAAUUCAUCAAAACCUUCGAUUCCUCCAAUACUUACAUCAUCACCAGGUUUGAAGAAAGAGUCUCAUAAACUUCGUACUUUUGCUAGAUCGGUGCUUUUCUUGGUUAUCUCGGCUUCGGGGUAUGUGGUUUAUAAGGCUUGGACAGAUCGUCAUCCUAAUGAACAAUUACCUCAAGAUUCAAUGAAGAAGACGAUUGUGGUUUUAGGUAAUGGAUGGGGUGCGACUAGUUUUUUGAAAGGACUUGAUACUGAAGAUUAUAAUGUGAUCGUGAUUAGUCCACGUAAUUUUUUUUGUUUUACACCUUUGUUACCUUCUGUGACAGUUGGAACAAUUGAAUCCCGAUCAGUUAUCGAACCCACAAGAUUUAUAACGCGACAUAAGAAACGAGAAGUGAAUGUUUAUGAAGCGACAGCCACCUCAGUCGAUCCGAUCUCUAAAACGGUUUCGUUUUGUGACGAAUCAGAAAUCAAAGGAGAGGUCACCUCAACAGUGAUCAAGUAUGAUUACCUAGUUUAUGGUGUGGGUGCAGAGAAUAAUACGUUUGGCAUUCCUGGGGUUAAAGAACAUGGUUGUUUUUUAAAAGAGUUGGAAGAUGCUGAAAAGAUUAGAAGGAAGUUGAUGGAUUGUGUUGAGACGGCUAGUUUUAAAGAUCAAGCUGAUCAUGAAGUGGACAGGUUAUUACAUAUGGUCGUGGUCGGUGGUGGUCCAACUGGUGUAGAAUAUGCAGCCGAAUUACACGACUUUUUAGUGGAUGAUCUUUCAACUUGGUACCCCGAGAUUGCAGGAAAAGUCAAAAUCACCUUGAUCGAAGCUUUACCUAAUGUUCUUCCAAUGUUUUCAAAACAAUUAAUUGAUUAUACGACUCAAACUUUCAUGUCAAAUCGAAUUGAAGUUUUAACCAAGACCAUGGUAAAGGAAGUAGGACCUAAGACGAUCAUGGCACAAAAUGAAAAGAAAGAGUUAAUUGAAAUCCCAUAUGGCUUGUUGGUUUGGGCUACUGGAAACACAUCAAGAGAUCUCACAAGAAAAUUGAUGGCUUCAUUACCUGAACAUCAGACUCAGAAGCGUGGUUUGUUGGUAGACGAUCAUCUUAGAUUACUGGGUGCCGAUGGAAUUUAUGCUUUAGGAGAUUGCACUGCAACCGCUUAUGCUCCUACGGCUCAAGCUGCUUCUCAACAAGGACAAUACCUUGCUAAACGAUUUAAUCAAUUAGCCAAGGUUGAGAAACUUGAACAACACCUAGAAGAUGCUAAACAAAGUUCGAAUGUUCAAGAAAUAGACUCGAUCACCAAGACACUUUCAAGAAACAAAUUAAGAGAAUUUAAAUAUUCACAUCAAGGAUCAUUAGCUUAUAUCGGAUCAGAGAAAGCGAUUGCUGAUUUACCUUUCUUUAAUGGAAAUAUCGCCACGGGUGGAGUGGCUACUUUCUUCUUUUGGAGAUCGGCUUAUGUUUCAAUGGUCUUUUCGUUUAGGAAUAGGUUUUUAGUUUGUACAGAUUGGAUGAAAGUCAAAUUAUUUGGAAGAGAUGUUUCAAGAGAGUGAUUGAAAUCUUAUAGCUAAAAGUUAGUGGGUGGGUUAGUAUUUUUUUUGGUUUUCUUUAAAUGAUGGCAAGUUUGUUUUUUUCUUUAUCUUUGAUAAGUUAUUUCCAAGAUAUACAGUAUAGAUAAGAGCGUAUAGAAUUAUCUGGGUUUUAGGUGAUUAAUUGGUUUCACAUAGAGUAAAGUAGUAGAGAUAGUGAAGAGAAAAAAAAAGAUUAAGAAAGCUUGGGUCUUUGAUCAUUUCUUGUUAUCAUUUUUGGUUAUGUUUUUUUUUCUUUCUUGCGUUAAUGAAAAUAUAUUUGAUCUUUUU